GUAACGAUGUGGAGCCUAAUUUAUGUGUAUAUCACGCUACUUGUCUCUGUAGUGCUUGCUAAGUCUCCAACAGGGGGUUACGCUCCAGGAGUUGUCAAGUGUCCAAGUUCCAACACUACCCUUAUUAGAGAAGCUAACUCUAUUUCUAAACAAGAACAAGAUUGGUUAAAAGAGAGACAAAAGAAGAGCAAUGCUGCCUUGAUCGAGUUUCUCAAAGACUCCAAAUUAAAGGGUAUCAACCCAGAAAAGUUUAUUACGGAUAACUCUUCCGUUUCGAUUGCUUUGGCGUUCUCGGGCGGUGGUUACCGGGCCAUGUUAAGUGGUGCUGGCCAGUUGGCAGCCUUGGACAACAGAACAGACUUUGGCUCAAAUGCAACUGGGUUAGGUGGUCUUUUGCAGAGUUCCAAUUACAUCAGUGCCUUAUCAGGAGGUGCGUGGAUGUUAGGAUCUCUUGCAUUCAACAACUUCAGCAGUGUUCAAGAUAUUGUGUUUAAAAAUGAGUUUGAUCUUUGGAAUAUUACCGAUACAAGACAGUUGGUUAACACCACAAGUACCUGGAGAUUAUAUGCUGACAUUGCCUUUUUGAAUCUUAAAGGGGCACUUACUCAUAUGAACUGGUGGGACGUAACAAAUACAUCCAUCGAGUAUGAUAUUAACGCAAAGGCCAACGCAGGAUUCAACGAAACAUUGACGGAUUACUGGGGAAGAGGUUUGUCUUACCAGUUGCUUAAACCUGAAAAUGGCCAUGGUGCUGGUACAACCUGGUCUGAUUUGAGGGACGAACCAGUCUUUGCCAACCACUCGAUGCCUUUCCCAAUUUUAAAUGCCUUGGGAAGAAAGCCUGAUACAUUAACCUACAGUUUGAAUUCCACAGUCGUUGAGUUUAACCCAUUUGAAAUGGGAUCCUUUGACCCCUCUUUGAACACCUUCACUGACUUGAAGUAUAUUGGGACAAAUGUUACCAAUGGUAAGCCAAACAAUGGCUCAUGUAUCGCUGGAUAUGACAAUGCUGGAUUUGUAAUGGGUACUUCAAGUUCCUUGUUUAACCAGUUCUUGAACACAUUGGUAUGUGAGGAUUGUAUGGGACUUAGUUGGAUUAUGAAGCCAAUAGUUAGAAGAUUCUUGAACGCCUUAUCUGGAGACGAGAAAGAUGUUGCUAACUAUACUCCCAACCCCUUUUACAAGUCUCAAUACGCAAAAUCCAACAAUAUCACUAGUUCAGAUUCACUUUACCUUAUAGAUGGUGGUUUGGGAGGUGAAACUAUUCCCUUAUCUUCGCUUCUCAAUACCGAGAGAAAUGUGGACAUCGCCUUUGCCUUUGAUAACGGAAAUGACAGGGAGAAUAGUUAUCCUAAUGGCUCCUCUUUAGUCGCCACCUACGCCAGGCAAUUCCUGGACCAAGGCAAGACCACCAUUUGUCCAUAUGUGCCUGAUGUCUACACUUUCCUUGCCAACAACUUGACAGCUAAACCAGUUUUCUUCGGUUGUGAUGCUAAAAACUUGACUGAUUUGGUCAAGGAUGACAAGACUCCUCCCAUCGUUGUCUACAUGGCCAACAGACCAUUCCAAUAUUACUCCAACACUUCUACAUUCCAACUUGCUUACUCUGAUUCUGCAAAGAAGAGUAUGAUCCAAAACGGACUUGACAUAGGUACCCAGUUGAACGGAACUAUUGAUUCUGAAUGGAGAAGCUGUGUUGCAUGUGCCGUUAUCAGGAGGGAAGAAGAAAGAAGAGGAAUACAACAAACCGACCAAUGUAAGAAAUGUUUUGAAAGAUACUGCUGGGAUGGGUCGAUUGCUAAAGGAGUACCCAAGGACUUCGAUGGUGCUCUGAAUUUCACUAACACUGGGUUGACCAAUGGACCAAUGUCAUUGAAGGCUAACCCUGGGGACCCUGAAACUAGUUCUUUUAGCCUUUUCCAAAUUAAGAGGUCCGAAAACGCAGCUACAAGAUUUUCGUCCGUCAAUGCUACCUUAUCAUUGAUGGCUUUGUUAGUUGUGGCCCUUACCUUCUAGGAUACCCCAAAAGAUUUACCCGAAAUAACGAUAAAUAAUGAUAUAGGCAAUAGAUUGCUCCGAAAGGAAUCAGUAGCUGCGAAAAAUGACAUGGAUGGCACCUUUAGUGAUUAACGAU